AUGCUACUAGAAUUUCUUUUCAACAUCCGCAUAUGGAUUGUCUUGAUUAUUCCAAUCAUCGCAUUUCUAUUCCGUUCAAGACGUCGCUCAAUCUUUCCCACCAUCAACAAUUUUCCCUUCGACCCUCUUUCCCAAAAAGCGCAUCAAGAGUACCGCACCAACGCCGAAUCAUUGAUCACCAACGGUCUCGCAAAACACCAAGGUCCAAUCUCCCUCUCCGUCCCAAGUGGCAAGAAAAUCGUUCUCCCGGCGUCAUUGACCGCUUGGGCGAAAUCAAACAAAAAUCUCGACCAUAGAGAGCUCGUCAGACAGGACUUCUAUGCUGGGUUCCCUGGAUUCGAAGCACAGGAUGCGUUGCAUGCGUCUGGAGACGUGCUUCUGGAUGUAAUUCGUACGAAGCUUGGACAGAACGAAAGUAUCAUGUCAGUGGUGACUAACAGUAUAGCAAAGGCGUUGCAAAUCCACUGGGGCGAUGAUAAGGACUGGCAUGUCAUUGACUGGCAGAAAGACACAACGGGUAUCAUCGCGCGCGCAGCGUCAUCGAUUUUUGUCGGUUCAGAGAAGUGUGAAGAUGAAGAGUGGCUGGGUAUCGCACAAGGCUACGUCGGCGCGUACUUUACGGCUGUCAACGAGCUGCAUGAGUAUCCUGCCUGGUCGAGACGCAUUGUGCAGAGGUUUCUCCCAAACGCCGUUGCUUGUCGGAAAUACGUAGCGCAGGCUCGCGCUAUUGUGAAGGAGUUGAUUGCAAACCGGGAAAAGAAAGUCGAGGAGGCGAAGCGUAAAGGUGACCCUCUCCCGCAAUACAACGAUGCGCUCGCAUGGGUACAAGCAGUACCAGGCCCCAAGGCAGACGCCGGCGACAUACAACUGUCACUGGCAAUGGCUGCAUUCUUCACCACAAGCGAACAGUUCCGCCAGGUCUUGAUCGAUGUUGCGUCGCACCCUGAGCUCAUCGAGCCGCUAAGGAAAGAAGUCUGCGAACAGAUUUCCACCCACGGUAUAACUAUCGCUGCAACAAACAACAUGGUCCUUCUCGACAGCGUCCUGAAAGAAUCCCAGAGACUUUCAUCUCCCAUAGUGGCUCUCGAGCGCGUAGCCCUCAAAGACACGACCCUUCCCACCGGCGAAAACCUCCCACGCGGCUCCCACAUCAUGGUCGACUGCACCGGUCUCCGCAGCCCCGCCAAAUACCCCAGCCCGGAUCACUUCGACGGAUACCGUUUCCUACGCCAACGCGAGGCAGGCGAUAAAUUCACUCAGUUCGUUCAAUCAGGCCCCGAUUACAACGUGUUUGGCGGUGGACGUCAUAUUUGCCCCGGACGCUAUUUCGCUAGUAAUGAAUUGAAACUCACCAUGGCGCAUAUAUUGCUCAAGUAUGAGAUUAGGAUGGUGAAGGGGUAUCAGUCCAGUAUGGUACAAAUGGGUGUGCAUAAAAUGGCUGAUCCGGUGGCUAAGUUUGAGGUGCGGAGGAGGGAUGUGACGGAGAUGGAUUUGGUUCAGCUGACUGUAUCGUUGGUGUGA